UUCAUCUAGUGAAGACAAAUGGUGCCAUUCUGCCUGGCUGUCAAUGUGCAUUAAGUUGGGCUUGCUUUAGUGUCUAACGCCUCGCCUCACCUCGCCCUAUAAACUCCUGCGCAAUGAAGUUCACACCCGUUGUCACUAUUCUCUCUGCCUUUGCCCUCCCCGCAUUCGCAGAGGGCGUGUUUGUUGUACAGGAUGCUAAGUACAGCAACCCCAACGCGUCCCUCUCUACCGUCACCUGCUCGGGUUUGACCAACCUCUCCUCCCUGUCCAACAUUGGAGGUAUCCCAGGCGUCCGCUGGGACACAGCCUUAUGCGGCAGCUGCUGGAGCCUCACGUCUACCCCGCCCUGCAGCGGCGCUACCAUCUUCUUCACAAUCGUUGAUGACGAUUACAACGUCACCGAUGCUUCCCCACAUGUCGAUACUAGCGAUGUCGUAUACGCUGUCUCCCCAGAAGCGUUCAACGAUUUGACUCGACCUUCCUGCCAAGUGGACGUAGUUUAUGCUGAAGCCACUCCGGUCGAUCCUAGCAUGUGUGGCAUGUAGAGUUAAGCUGUUGUACUAGAGGGUACUGAGACUGGGAAUCGUUGUCGUUGUCGAAGAGGAUCUAGAGUUUUUUUUGGUUCUUGGUGGGGCUGUUUGUACGUUGUGGUUU